CUUGUAUAUAGAUCAAUUACCACUUUCCACAUGUUGCUAACGUGACGUUAGACUUCCAUUGCACUUCGCUUUUGUUACAUCGGAACAACAUCACCACUCCGAAUAACAAAUUUCGAUGGCUUCUCUCAGGACCAUUAUCGUCACCGGCGCCAAUCGAGGCAUCGGCCGAGCAAUCUGCCAGACUCUCCUCUCCGAUAAAACCAUCGGACCCGUGCAUCUCGUCGCGACAUCCCGAAAUGGCGACGACUUCGGCCUGACAAGAGCACACAAAGACCACGAAGUCUCGUAUGCGAAACUCGACAUUGCCUCAUCGGACAGCAUCCACAACUUUGUCGAAUCGUUCAAGAAGCAGCACGACCGCCUCGAUGUGCUCAUCAACAAUGCGGGCAUCAACAUCAACGCCGAAGACACGCCCGCCUCGGUCACGAAGACACUGAAUGUGAACUAUCACGGAACGUUACAGAUGUGCCAAGCCUUCCUCCACCACCUCACUACUACGCGCACCCAUACCUCACGAAUCGUAAAUCUCUCCUCCGUUGCCUCCUCUCUCCGCGCCUACAGUCCCGAAGUAGCAUCACGUUUCCGCAGCAUUGCUUCGCAAGGAACUCUCAAAGAUCUUGAGCAACUAGCACAUGACUACGAUGCAAGUUCACCCUCAUCCGCGUUUGCCGAACCACCCCGACGCUCGUAUUCAGUCAGUAAAGCGCUCGUCAAUGGAUUGACGGCGAUUCUGGCGCGGGAAAAUCCCUCGAUUUUGAUCAAUGCGUGUUGUCCUGGGUGGAUUGAUACAGAUAUGGGUGGGAUUGUGAGUCCGCGGGGUACGAGGCCGCCGAAGACGGCUGAAGAAGGCGCGCAGGUGGUGCUGCACCUUGCAGUGGGUGAGAUUGGGGAUGUGAGUGGGAAGUAUUGGGCGAAUGACAGUAUCAGAGCGAAGGGUUUGCCGGGGGUGAGGGAGUGGUGAAGGAAGCAGAGUGUAUUAGACAUCAAGUAUGUAGAGUAGAAAUCGCGCUGCGUUGAAAAUGUAUAAUUUGAAAUUAUUUUCCG